GGCGCAAAGCAGACGCGUUAAAGCAAGUUUGCAAUGCCAGGCUGUCAAAGCGCUGCUGCCCGACAGCGCUUCCUGUCCCCUGACGAGGAAACAAACGGCUUCUAAAGUUUGAAAGUGGCAGGAGUUCUCCGGGAGAUGUAGAGAGACGUGUCGUAAGAGUCGAUCCUCGUAGAUGUGCAGCGACAGAGUCCAGGUUUCAUCCACGGUGCUUGAAGACGGGAGGAUGUAGAGAUAUCUAAAGGCCUGAGAAGAGAUGGAUAAAUUCCGUAUGAUGUUCCAGUUCCUUCAGUCCAACCAGGAAUCUUUCAUGAACGGGAUCUGUGGAAUCAUGGCUCUGGCCAGUGCUCAGAUGUACUCUGUCUUUGAGUUCAGCUGCCCCUGCAUGCCCGAAUAUAACCACAGCUACGGCAUUGGUCUGCUCAUCGUCCCUCCUAUAUGGUUCUUCUUAUUGGGCUUUGUGUUGAACAAUAACGUGUCCGUGCUCGCCGAGGAGUGGCGAAGGCCGACGGGGAAACGGGAGAAGGAUCCGUCCAUCCUUCGCUACAUGUUGUGUUCCAUCACGCAGAGAUCUUUGAUUGCGCCUGCAGUCUGGGUGUCCGUCACUCUCAUGGAUGGCAAGAGCUUCCUCUGCGCUUUCAGCGUCAAUUUGGAUAUUGAGAGGUUUGGGAAUUACAGUCUCAUCAAGGAGAUGCCCGAGACUGAGAAGAUAAAACUCCUGGCAAAGAUCCCCUGCAAGGACUUGUUUGAGCAUCAAGAAAUACGAGUGGCGGCGUCACGGUACAUCAAAUGCAUAUCACAGGCUUGUGGCUGGAUGUUUUUGCUGAUGAUAACCUUCACGGCCUUCUUGAUCCGCGCCAUCCGACCGUGCUUCACUCAGGCUGCUUUUCUCAAAACCAAAUACUGGUCCCACUACAUCGACAUCGAGCGUAAGAUGUUCGAUGAAACCUGUAAGGAGCACGCCAAGAGCUUCGCCAAGGUUUGCAUCCAUCAGUACUUUGAGAACAUCAGCGGAGAGAUGCGGAGCUUCCACGGCCAUCGCCCCGGCAAGUGUGACGGUGACUACGAAGACGAGGACAAGAAGGGGGACGGUGAAGAGAAACUCCUGGGUAUAAGGGCGCAGGAUGACAUGAAUAAAGCUUUGUGGAACUGGCACACCUGCAAGCCAGCUCUUGCACUGAGGACGGAACAAACAAAUGGGGAAAACCAAGACAAACUGAACGGGAACGGAACAAUAAACGGCUUUGCAAACAGCCACACCCUUAAUGUGGAGAAAAAGGAAUGGGCGGUGUACUACAGUAAAGUCUGACCGCAAAAGAACAAAAAAAAAACUGCUUUUCUGAAAAUAUCUGGAGAAAUAUGCUGCAUUUUCUUUCUUUUUUACACAUUUCGAAGAUUUCAACAUUCAAUUUGCUCUUAUUGAAUAUGAUAAUAUGCAUUAGAUUUUUUUAGAUUCAUCGAUUCUAAAAACGUCGAGAUUUAUAUUCUGUUGCUUUAAUUAAUCAAUUAAGGAGUGCACUAAUAAAACUUGAUCAAUCCCAGACCGCAUGAAGUGGUUGGAACUUCACAAAUGUGGACAUAGAACACAGGAAAUAAUUGAUGUUGUAAAUUAUUGUUUUUAAAAACAUUUUAGAUUGAAAAUGCACCUUAAUCCUGGAUUAUGCCUCUCUAUUUUUCUCUCGCAUACAUAAGUGGACUUUUUGUUAAAUACAUCUAGAUUAACUAAUGAGCACUAUAUACAAAGUUACUGUACCGCCAAGCUUGUU